UGAUUUUGGAAUGAGAUGUUUGACGAGCAGGUGUUCACAUACUUUUGGUCAUGUAGUGUAUGUAUGACUAAACCCAUAUAGAGACUGUAGAAACGAUAAUGGACCUACAGUACAUUCAUACAGUUUCUUGACUGUGUCCAACUCGUUAAUAAUCAUCGAAAUGAAAGAUAGACAGUCAGGGAGCAUAUACAAUUCAAAAAAUGAUGGAUAGAGGACUAUUUUUGGCCAAUUUUGAUGGUGAUGAAAUAUAACACAUUUUAGUGCGUCCUCUGGACRUCGUUUGAAGACCGAAUGCGCGAAUGCGGUUCGCCGGGCAAAAUGAGUUUGACACCCUGAGUUAGAAAGACAGAGUUUGUGAGCCUGUGUCCCAGACUCCCAGGAUCAGAGAAAGAGUGACUGUGAUGGAGUUUUCUACAAUGAUCAUAUUCAUUUUAACGGAAUCMUAGUUUCCCUGUCAGCUGGGUAUACCUACUGAUUAAAUAAUGGGUAUAGCAAAUACGAGAACCUAACAUCGACAAUAACCAGUAGAUGUCGCUAAUAGAUCAUGUCAAAGCCAGAAUUACCCAAUUUCAUCACAGAGCCAGUAUGUUCGUAAUGUCUACUACACACAAUGUCAUUAACUGUAACAUUUAUGUCUUCAAUGUCUAUAAAACGAGGAAUUAAUCAAAAGUAAAUUCAAAUAUCGACCAUGUGUAGGUAAAGUCACAUCACAGUUGUAAAACAUUUAACUCCAAAGGUGGCUGUUUUACAAUUAACUAAGGAUGUAUUCAUUAUCUGCAAUUAUUCAGGAUACAGUUGAAAUAUUAUGUAUCAUUAACUGUCCAAUAGCCUACAGAAGACCCUUAGUAACCAAACUGCACUUCCGUUUUUAAAUCAAAACUCAUCCUUCUUACAAUUCAUGAAUGCACAACGUAUUCAAUGACAGUCAGAAGCCAAUUUAUUUCUGAUUAAUAAGGUAAAAAAUAUUACAUAGAAUAUUCAGUGUAAUUACAUUCUGUUUGUUUUCACUGAUUUAACAAUUUUUUCCUAUAUAUGCACUCAUACAGUGAGCCGUAGAAACAAAGGUGAAACCUGUAAAUCACGGAGCCAAUCAGCGACCUGCAAUUUGUUUAGGGCUAUUAAAACUCAAGGCGGUCUUUUCUGUCUUUCCCUCAGUAUGUUCUGAUCUGUCUCUCCGCUGUUAUGGGAUUAUUAUCACACAUCGACAGGAUCUGAAUGAAUGUGGAAACAUAAAGGCUACUUUUGCAAAUGAAGUCUUGGGUUUACAUGUUUAGAUAGCAGUUCCUCUCAAAGCCAUCGGUACAGACAUCGCAAUAACGUGUAAGAGGUUUGGGUACCAUAUGAGAACAGUGGAGCUGAUCACUCAAGCUGUACUGCGGAGUACACCAAGACCAAGGUAAUUGUACUGCUUUUGCUAACACUUCUUCAUGAAUGAAUGGCCACUGUUCUUUUAUUUUUAUGAGUUUAUAAUGCAGUAUUUCAUAUUGUAAAUUCAAAGUCAGCUGAGUGAGAUCACACCAAUAUGUAAAGGAUUCACAGGAAUGACAGCCAGCAAGAAAUGUAAUACAGUAAUCCUUUGUGGGAAUUUAUUAACAGGGACACUUUACAAUGCCAGUACUACCAAGUCAGGAGAUUGCCAUCAGAUUCAAGGAGAAAUGGAUGAAGCUUCACCCAGAAGACCAAGACAAUGUGAAKGGUUCAGUGCACCUGGAUGACAGUCUAACCAGCCUCCAAUGGCUCCAGGACUUCACCAUAGUCAGUGGGAGUCUAGAAAGCCUACUGGGCUCCACUUGCCAGCCGUACCAGCUGCCUCAGCCCAGCCACCUGCACCCUCAGGGCUCCGACUCCCCCUCCAGUCCACCUGCUGGGGACACUGCAGCCUCCGGCAUGCCUCAGAGUGCAGGCAGCCCCAUCACCUCCAGUGCCUCAGCCAACAGGACUAGUUACUACUCACUUCACCCGACAGUGACCAACAACCACCACCAGAUCACUGUGCCAGCCAAGUCCCUGGAGGAGGUAGACUUCAAGACCAACCACGAGGUGAAGCCUCCCUACUCCUACGCCACACUGAUCUGCAUGGCCAUGCAGGCCGGCAAGAAGAACAAGAUCACACUGUCUGCUAUCUAUMACUGGAUCACAGAGAACUUCUGCUACUACAGACAUGCUGAGACCAGCUGGCAGAACUCUAUCCGUCAUAACCUGUCACUCAACAAGUGCUUCAUGAAGGUUCCCAGGCAGAAGAAUGAACCAGGAAAAGGGGGAUUCUGGCAGAUUGACCCUCAGUAUGCAGACAUGUUUGUCAAUGGAGUCUUCAAGCGCAGGCGGAUUCCAGCCAUCCAUUUCAACACCCAGAGACACAGCAAAACCCAAGGAUCAUCCCGUAACCGAAAAACCCAGGAGUACCACCAGCAUUUCCCCCAGGCCCACUACACAGUGUCCCACAGAGUGGCAGGUGCUGGGAACAGACGCAAACUUAGUGGCACAAAGUGGGAGACAGUCCAUCAGUCACCACUGUUGACACCGGAUCUCAUGGAACCAGAGGCACCGAAGGGUGAACUAGACUGGGCCAUGGUGUUUGACGAUGUUCUGAAUGGGAGCAGCAAUAACUUUGAGGAUCUAGACAUUAACCUAGCUCUGAACUCCCUGGGCUGUAAGGUGGAGCUCUCCCAGCAGGAUCAAGGCUGGGGCUGGCACCUGGGGAGGUGGUGCAGUGGAGGGGCUGACCGGGACCACCAGCAGGCCUGCAGGUACAUGGAGGUGACCACCAUGGGCUGCUACAGCAUGGAGGAGAUCCAGCAGCACUUCAACCCGACUGGGCUGCAGCAGCCGCUCCCUUUGGCGGUCCACCCACAGCACUUUGAGGAGCUGACACUGUUCCCUGAUGAGCAGCAGAGGCACCCCUGGGAGGAGCUGAAAGAGGAGGUGCAGGCAGUGCCUAUCACCCUGGACCAUAGUCUCAGCUUCUGUGAAGGCUUCUUCACUGAGAUGCAGCCAUGGGGGACAGCAGAGUCUUAUAUGUGACACCCUCACCCAGCACCAGCYCCAAUACUGAACAAGCACUCCAGCAGGAGGCCAGAGGACCUAUAGACUACUGUUUUGCUACAUUAGCAGUAUGGAUUCAUUCAGAGAAACAUAUGUUAUUAUUUUUUUUUAAAUCUGAGUCACAUUUACUGUGUUUUUUAUCUGCAUUUUCUAUUUGCUUUUUGAUUGUUUGCAUCUAUGAAACAAACAUGCUGUUUUUAUUGUA